AUGGAAUAUGAACACUACAGAAUCUCUCGAUCAGGCCAUGUCUUCCAAGGAAUCCCCCCGGUGCAAAUGCUUUCCUUCUCGCUGUCUCAUCACUUGAUGACCCCUACCGUCGGACCCAAUGAUGUGAUGUACACAGGAGUGGACUUCCCAGUAGUCCAAGACUUGCAUGAUCAGCGAGACUUCUACUCCUUCGUGGACCUAUCUUCCGUGGAUAAUGAUGUUUGCGGGCAAGCUAGCUCUCCAGAUGAUGCUCUUUCUGUCGCGCACAGUUCUCAUACCGAUGACGGCCAUUACAUUGUAUCCCACGAGCCGUGGAAUGCUAUGAUGCCUGAUGGCCACUAUCCUGGAACUACCCUGGACCAACUCUCCUCAAGCCUUUUCCAGACCGUUCCGGUCUCGCCUCCUCUGACUGAGGCUAGCAACGACAUCUCUGUCACUUCUUCAUGCUCCCACCCUGGAUUCAACUCAUAUCUGGCCACUGAUGACACAUUCCUCGGAGACUUCACCAACUCGCCCAUGGGCAGCCACGGCAUUAACCCAGCGGAUCCUAUGUUCCCCAGUGCUCCUCUGAGUGACAAGGACCCUAACAGAACCAUUAGGCCUACCAAGCAGUCUCGCCGUGGAGCUCUGCCAGCUUCUUCCCAGCCCCAGGUCAAGGCCGAAUCGGAGUUCUUCCCCCUCUCCCUUCAAGAGAGCCACCUCGCCAGAAGUCCAAGGACAGUGCUGAGUCUCGUAACCCGCGAGAGCACCAGUUCUAUUCCAUGCCUACCCAGAGUGAUGGAAAAUACUACUGCCCAUUUGCCGUUGGAGACAAGGCCUGCAAUCACCAACCCACCACGCAAAAAUGCGCUUACCAGCAACAAAUAUCUGGAUUCUCAUCUGAAGCCCUACCGCUGCAAGGUCCCCACUUGCCUGGAAGCCCAAUUGCGUUUCUCCUCGAAUGCAUGCCUGUUCCGCCACGAGCGUGAAGCCCACGGACUCCAUGGCCACGGAGACAACCCUCACCUGUGCCUGUGGGAGGGAUGUGAUCGUUCCAUUCCCGGAUUCGGAUUCCCGCGUAGAUGGAACCUGUACGACCACAUGCGCCGCGUGCAUGACUACACCUCUUCUGAGCGCCACAGCUCACCCGAGUCCUCCCCCAUUGGAACUCCGGCUAAGAAGAAGGAGACCAGCCGCAAGAGAAAGGUCACCGGUCCUACUCCCGCGCCAACCAUGAAGCGCACCCGUUCCGUGCACUCUCAAACCGGCUCGGCCAAGGCUACCAGUGCCCAGCACGGUCAACGUCUGCAAAACGCAGAGCGCAACUACUACCAGUGCCGUGAGCGUCUUGUCGAGGAGCUUCGCAACAUCUCUCCACAGGAUACUUCAAUGCAUGAGAAGGUCAAUGCUAGUCUUCAGGAGCUGUUCACCCUUGGUCUGAACUACCGCCACAUCGAUGCCAGCCAGGCUGUUUCCCAGAUGCCCAAUGGAAUGCCCGCGUGA